AUGUCCACGUCCGUGCCCCGCUGGCCACUCUGGCCCACCACCGCGUCCCCGCCCGUCGUCGUGCUCUCCGCGUCCGACUCGUGGGACCACGCCAGCCCGUGUACGUGCCACCACGCACCGGUACCGGUCCGAGCACUGCCGGCGGCGAAUUCCCAGACGACACCACCCGUCAGCCAGACCACCAAGGCUCAACUCCAACCCCAGCCCCAGCCGCUCCACAACGCCAGCCGGCCCAACACACCCACCGCAAAGUCUCCUCUCCCGUUCGCCCAGGCCAGUUCCACCUCCAAGAAACCGUCCCCCCUCAGUAUCGGCAUCGCCAUCCGGCGCGUCGACACGCCGCGCCCGCGCGACACGCACUGUGCAGUCGCGAGCCUCAAGUGGAAGGGCCAGCAGUGGAUGCCGCGCGCGCCGUCGCCGCUCGUGCGCUGA